UUGUUAGCUUACCCCUAUAUAUCAACCACUCCUGCUGUCUUUAACCAUUUAUGGCAAAUAUUUAAGGUGUUUAUUCAAUAGCAUGUAAGACGGAAACAAAAGAAAAUGCCAUUAAUUAUAUAUUUUACUGUGACAUGUGAAAUUAAUUAAAGUUUACCAAUCAUCAUCCAGCUUAUUUAUGAAGAUAACAUCAGUGUGACGAUUAUACGUCGAAAUUGGGCGACCGCUUCCGACAAUUGAACAUAAUAGAUUGAGAAUGCCUUUGUAUUUGAUUUCAUGUUUUUUAAAAAUUUUUAAAGCUUAACAAUGUUCUAAAUCUUUACUUUACAAAUUCUAAAUACCAGCGUUACUUCUAUCAGAAGUCGUCGUUUUAAAUAGUUUUAUAUUGAAACGGUGAAGGGAGUAAACUAUUUCCUGUUUUCCUCUUUCUCAGUUUGAUUUGAAAGUGGUACACACGACGCAAAUGAGCAUGGUGUGAAUGGCGUUUCUACAGAUGGCUGCAAGAAACGCUUUGGCAAAUUACCUGUUUUUAUUUUUACUGAUUCUUAAUGCUCCUUCAGUAUUUUCUCAGGAAUGUACGUCUGCUCUUGGUAUGGCAGAUAGACGCAUUAAGGAUAACCAGAUCACCACUUCAGGAUAUUUGUUGAAGGCUAAAGGCUACCAAGCACGAUUACGACAGAAUAUUCCUCCUUGGGGAGCUUGGUGCGUUGAUAAUAAAAAUGGACAGCCAUAUAAGCCAAGUUAUGACCAGUAUAUACAGAUUGACCUCUUGAAGGUUACAAAAAUAACCAAAGUCGCUACACAGGGACGACAGUAUGCUCAGGGAAAUGAGUUUGUCGAAGAUUAUAAAAUAAAAUUUAGUGUUGAUGGUGUAACAUGGAUAUUUUACAAGGAUGCUGAAGGAAACGAAAAGAUUUUUCGUGCAAACAAGGAUGUUACAAUUGUGGUUCAACAUAUAUUAAAGCCUUACAUUAAAGCAAGGUAUAUUAGGUUAUAUCCCGGGUAUCAUGGCAAAAGAACAGAAUGUAUGAGAUUAGAACUUUAUGGUUGUAUUUUCAAUGAAGCAAUUUUGUCAUACACAGCACCAAAAGGUGAAACAACACCAAACAACAGGAACAAUUAUACAGAUAGAAAUUAUGAUGGUAGCAAAGGCCUUCUUACUGAUGGUGUGUAUGGUCUUGUUAAUGCAAAAGAAGAAAAAGGCAAAGGCUGGCUUGGCUGGAGUCAAAUGUCUGCUCAUGAGUUUAUUGAUUUAGUGUUUGAGUUUACUGGUCCAAGGAUGUUCAAAGAUGUUGUUUUGGCUGUAAGUUUUGACAGUGUACUUAAACAUGGUCAGUUCAGCAAAGCACAGAUAUUCUUUGCACCGACAAGAGAGGAAUUAGCGAAAUCAGCAAAUUUUCUUGAGAACCGUCAAAAACAUGACAUGAAAAAAAGACGAUACAUUGAUAAUAUCACGAUUCCUCUUUGUAAUAAUACGGGAAGAUUUGUGAAGAUCCGAUUAUAUUUUGGUGCAAAAUGGUUGCUUCUUACAGAGGUUUUGUUUAAUUCAGAUCCAACAACAGCAAUGAACUCAAAGCUGAAACGUUGUCCACGAUAUGGUUCUUCAACUACAAUAAUACCAAGCAUUUUAUGUAAAAAUUGCGAUACGUUGACAACAGUUUCAACAAUAGGGGAAGCAAGGCAUUCAAAAUCAAAUAAUCUUCAAAUGACUGUGAUCAUUGUUUGCGUCAUUUUACUUGUCACCAUUGUUCUUUUGGUUCUUAUUUUUCUUUUGUAUCGAAGGAGAGCACUUUGUUUUGAUAAGUUGAAACAGAGGAAGAAAAUGGAGAAGAAUAUUCAUGUUGAGCUAAAGCAGACUGAGAAUGCUGCAGAACCAUUGUAUGAUAAAAUUAUGGAUAAUAUGGGUAAUCCAUUGUAUACAUGUACACCUGGGGAUAAUGAUGAUACACAACCAAUGUUGUCUCCUUCAAGGACCAAGUUUGAUGCUCAGACAGAGUUGCAUUCAUCCGAAGUAUAUUCAGAUCCAGAUAGUUUAAACGUCAAAGGUACGUUGGGCGUACAAGAUGAUUAUGCAGACCCAGUUGAUUGCCUAAAACCAAAUGAAACAUUGGGAAAUCCUAUCUAUGAAGGAAUAUAUUCAGAACCAUUGUAUGGUAUUGCUGGUACCAUACUUGUUGGACCCCAGGCCGAGACCAUUAAACGAGGCUACACAAUGGAGAAAUUCCCACGCGAUCGUUUAUCAUUUAAAGAAAAAAUCGGUGAUGGACAAUUUGGCGAGGUUUACAUAGCACUGGCAGAUAUAAGUGGCUGGAGUGCUCCUUUCGGUGAAGACUACGCUGGAAAGACGAAAAUCACUGUAGCUGUGAAAACUUUAAAAUGUGACGUAGAAAAGGAUGCAAAGACAGAUUUUUUCAAGGAAGUAAGAGUAAUGUCUAGAUUACAACAUGAAAACGUUGUACGACUUUUGGCCGUAUGUCGAGAUGAUCCUAUAUGUAUGAUUGUUGAAUACAUGGAAAAUGGCGAUCUAAAUCAGUUUCUUAAAUGUCACGUGUUAGAAGAUGAAAAUGAUGUCAUGAUUUAUGCCAAUACAAAGCAACCAAUCAGUUACGAAGAGUUAAUGUAUAUUGCGUCGCAGGUUGCCUCUGGCAUGAAGUAUUUUGCUGCUAUGAAUUUUGUCCAUCGUGACUUGGCUGCAAGAAAUUGUUUGGUUGGUGAAAAUUUGACCGUGAAAUUGGCUGAUUUUGGAAUGUCGAGAUUAUUGUAUUCCAAACAUUAUUAUCGUGUACAAGGACGUGUUAUGUUGCCUAUAAGAUGGAUGGCACCUGAGAGUAUAUUCCAAGGUCGUUUUACAACACAGACUGAUGUGUGGUCGUUCGGUAUAACAUUAUGGGAGAUCUUUACUCUAGCACAACAAUUUCCAUAUCCGAAUUUAUCUGAUGAACAGGUAAUCGCCAACUCAAAAAGCGCAUUUACUCAAGGUGAUAUUGGAGUCGAGUAUAAUGAAAAACCUGACGUAUGUACACAAGAUAUGUUUGACAUGAUGAGGUCAUGUUGGACCAGUAAUCCAACACAAAGACCUAGUUUUGAUACGUUGCAUGAGUUUAUAAUGACGAAGGUAGGAUCCACAAAUUCUGCCAUCGUUUGAAAAGAUUACUAUGAGUCUAUGAUUGUGAUAAACUUUAGUAUAUUUUUGUUUCGGAUGAUUUCUAAACGUUUUUCGUGAGAUUUGUUGAAAACAGUUGUGGUCUAUUUUUAAAACAGUUUUUGUACUUUUUUCGAAAGCAUUGAUGUCUUUUAUAGUUGUGUUUAUAUAUAUAUACAUAUGUUAGCAUGUUUUGUACUUGUAUUUUUAUGUUUUUGAAGGUUUUUACGCGUAUAAUAAAGGAAAACUAAUUUGCUAUUGCUGAAA